CUCGUUAUGCCUCCCACAUUUGCACUUAAACACUGAAUUACAAGAUUACCCUUGAAUUAGAAACACACCUCACAACUAUCUGCUAUUCGCUUUAUAAGAGUAACAGAAGAAGAAAUACAAAGAAAAAACGCACUUCUUUGAGAUUGUGCUUGUUAAUUGAACAAAGUCUUAGUGUUUGAGAUUCUCUGGGUCUGAGGAAAUGGAUGCGGAUGAGAUUGAGGAAGAGGAGUUCGGGUUCUCAAGAAACUAUUUCCUUGCAAAAGAAGUGGGCUCUUCUCGGAAAAAAUCAGCUCGUAAGCUCUCCGAAAUCGAUCUUGUGGACGAAGAGGAAUUAAGAGAGGUGGCAGCUAAUAUUGAGCCCAAACAUGAGAAAGAAGUAAAUGAUUUGAUCAAUAGCUACAAAAGUUUGUAUUCAGAAUGGCUUUUUGUGCUAAGGUGUGGUUUUGCACUUUUGAUGUAUGGCUUUGGAUCAAAGAAAGCUUUGAUUGAAGAUUUUGCGACAAGAUCUUUAACUGAGUAUUCUGUUGUUGUUGUCAAUGGCUAUCUCCAGUCUAUAAAUCUUAAACAGGUGGUGAUAACACUAGCUGAGCUCCUUUGGGAUCAAUUAAAAUUGCGAAAAAAGACAACCUCUGGAAAUCCGUCUAAAAGCCAACAACCAUUUAACCCCAAAUCCAUGGACGACCUUCUUGCUUUUCUAGACAAGCCAGAUAUAGGAGAUGAGUGUUUUGUUUGCAUCAUUGUUCAUAACAUUGAUGGUCCUGGGGUGCGUGAUUCUGACAGCCAACAAUGUCUUGCUAGUAUCGCUGCUUGUUCUCAUGUCCGUAUGGUUGCUUCCAUUGAUCAUGUCAAUGCUCCUCUUUUGUGGGAUAAGAAGAUGGUUCACACACAGUUUAACUGGUAUUGGUGCCAUGUUCCUACUUUUGCUCCAUACAAGGUUGAAGCAAUGUUUUUUCCUUUCAUUCUCGCUCAUGGGGGCACUGCUCAAAGUGUAAAGACAGCUUCAAUUGUCUUACAGAGUCUGACACCAAAUGCUCAAAAUGUUUUUAAAGUUCUAGCGGAGCAUCAAUUAGCCCAUUCUGAUGAAGAAGGGAUGCCAAUCAAUAAUUUGUACACUACAUGCCGAGAACGGUUCCUGGUGAGUAGUCAAGUUACUUUGAAUUCACAUCUGACAGAAUUUAAGGACCAUGAGUUGAUCAAAACCAAAAGGAAUUCGGAUGGUCAAGAUUGCUUGUGUAUUCCUCUUACAAAUGAAGCCCUUCAGAAACUUAUCGCGGAGAUCAUUUAAUAGAGUUUCUACACAAGAAGAGAAAUUAUUAAGUGGCAAAUUUAAAGCAGAUGCAUGUUUAUGUAUGGGAAAAAAUUUAUGUGCAGAAAAGUGCAUCUAUUCACUGCUUGUGCGUAAGAAGUACUAGCCUGGUUCUUCGCUGGCUGUCACAUUGACAUGUUAGGAUAUCUGUCAAGUAUGGAAAAUCUAUCAAGCAUCUCUAAGAGGGAGCAAGGUACAACGUUCACCUGGUUUCAGUUGUAUAUGGUGGGUGGUUUAUUAGAUCCUCUUGUAUUGUUGUAAUGGUAGUAAUUUCUGUUGAUCGUCUUCUUAUUCGGAGAUUCAGCUUUGCAAAAAUGCCAAUUACCCUGGUCUGCUUAUGAACAUACUUGAGCACCGUUCAAUGUUGUGUAGAUUCUUGCUUCUUUAAUUAUCCAGGAGUUAUAAUCUGGACUAGUUAUAAUGUAUUAAUGAUCAUCUACCUGAUGUAUA